AUGGAACGCAACAACGGCAGGCAACUGCGAAGUCAGACUGGCGAGAAUGCGAGUGGAAGACACGCGACCCAAGGCCCUUUGAACCAGGAAACCAAGAUCCUUAUCCAAGAACUUACGGACGAAGUUGAGAAAAACCAAGCACAACUACGAAGAGAGCGACACCGAUAUAGUAGUCUUGAGGGCAACUUUCGCAAAGCCCGAAAUGAAGUCAAAGCUUUAAUCAACGAGAAAGAGAUAUCAAACAUCAGGACUCGCAAGAUGCAGACAAAGUGGAGUACAGUCAUGCUCCAGGUAGUCAUUCCUUACGCACGAGGCAAACAUCUCCGUAUGGACGAGAAGACUGGCGAGUUCUACGACGAUGUUUUGGGUCCGCUUUCACAAGACGCUCUACGAGCCCAGAAACUGCAGGGCGAUAUGGAGCAACUACAACAACGACAGGAGGACAUCAACAACAAAAGCCGAGACAUGGGAGACAACAUACAGAACUUACAAGAUCAAAACCAAGCCCUUUACAAACAAGUCCUGGGUCUCCAGAAAGAUGCACUGAGCAGAAUUGAGCAGAUGCAAAUCGUCUCUGAUAAUCAAUUCGAACGAGACUUCCAAGUUCUCGCUUCGUCAAUCAAAGCCUUCAGUCGCUCUGUCCGGUUCCCCGAUGAUAUGAAUGUCCCAAAUGUUCUCACUUCGCCUGGAUUCUUGGAAGAUGUUUCCGAACAUCAUUGGGAAGGUCGCGCCCGGAAAAAGACCUUCUUGGAGGCCUGGAUAUGGACUAUCCUCAUCAAGCGUGUCUUCCGAAACCCUUUCACGAUCCUCGGGGAGAACGUCAAGUAUGUGCACAAGGCGUGGAUCGAGAUGUUCGGAGACGAACAUCACCACGAAUGGCCUGUACCGACAGCUGUGUGCGAGAACUGGCGUCGUACCACCAUAGAGCAUCUGCAUGAGUCUAUGAAUGAAGCCUUCCGCCUAGAUUCAGACGUAGAGCCAAAGUUCAAGCGUAAGAAGACGACUAGUGUCGACCCUCGCAAGAAACUCGCAGACGAGGCGGAGGAAUAUCUUGAAGCAAGACUUCCAGCAUCAAAUUGCUCGCAAUUGCGUGGCAUCAUCGACAAGGCCUUCGCGUUAGCAAAGCAGAUGUCACUCCAGCGGUGCCGCCUUCAGAUCACCUACCCUUCUACCGGAUGUAUCUUCGUCGAGAGCGAGAUGACUUCUGUACCUGAUCGCGAUGGUGAUGACAUCAACGAUGGAGUGGUGGCAUUCGUGGUCAAUCCUGGUCUUACCAAGUGGGGUGAUGCCCGUGGAGAGAAGCUUGACGAGCGUUACGACAUUGUACCAUGCUUGGUGCAGUUGGAGCCCAUGCGUAUCAAGCGUGAAGAUGGGGUUGAUCAUCGCAGCGGCGAUGUGGAAUUUGGCAUUGCUGGUCGCCUGGAUGCCAACGGCGUACUUCAUCCCCAAGGUCAAGCCGAUUGGAGCCAGAAAACGAACAUUCCGAUCGUCAAGCAAGAGCCAGAAUAG